AUGCACAAGUUACCACUGUUAAAAUACGGAGCGACGUGGAGACGUCCUGCACAGUAUAAUCCAGGGGGCGCUAGUGGACCUGCAGAACAGGAGGCUCCUCGACGCGGACCUCAUCCACCAGUCGGCCGGCACAAUCCUCCCGGCCCAGAUUUAUUCGGUCGCGGUCAUCAUCCCGCCAACCGUCGCCAAAGGGACUUUCGCGGACCUCCUUCGGGAGUUCCAGGACCUGGCCACUCCGGGGAGUACGACCGUGGCCCUGCCAAAUUUGGACGUCUGCCAYCACAUCACCACCUCAGGGCCUCCAGCAGCGGCACGUCCCCGCCGCCUCCACGGCGAGCGCCUUCAAGCAGCCCGCGCAGAAUUCCGGGCCCUCCUCGACAUGGGCAUCCUCAACGACCGCACYGUKCCCGACAARUACCCGCUGCCCAUCAUAGAGGACAUGCUGCUGGAACUCCAGGGAGACACYUUCUCGGUCAUCGACCUAAAGAAGGCCUUCUACCAGCUCCYGAUCGCCCCGGAGGACGCGCACAAAWCUGCGAUCACGACGCCAUUCGGCCUGUUCGAAUUCACGAGGUCUUCGCUCGGCCUGCGCAACGCCGCCCAGUCGCUCCAGAGAGCCAUGGACCACCUGCUCCGAGACCUUCCUUUCGCGCGAGCGUACCUGGACGACAUCAUCGUCGCCUCCCACGGCGAGGACCAACACCUGGACCACCUCAGGACGCUCCUCUCCACGCUGCGGUCGGCCCAGAUCAGGAUCAACCCGGACAA